AUGAGUAAGAACAAGUCGUUUGCAUUCGCCAAAGCCGGUCUGCCCUUCAUCGUGCUGACCGUCGGUGGCUGGGUCGGUCUCUCGAAGACCAUUCAAGGCCGAAUUGAUGCCCAGGAGGCUCAAACCAAGGAGCUGAACCUGCAUGCACCGGCAGCCAAGCAGCGCUCCAAGAAGUUUGAUCUCCAUGAGGAGAUGGACCGGCUGAGGGCCAACGUGGACAUAGAUCACUAUGAGCUGAAGCCUGUGCCUCGUCUGCCCGAUGAGGAUGAAUGA